CUGUCAUAUAUGCUCCUGUUUUUACACAGUUGUCUCAAGCUUUUAUUAAUAAUUGUUCUUCAAAGUGUAAAGAGAAAAGCGUGCAACCAUGCCCACUGUGGUUCUUAUGGACUCGUCGCUGUCCAUGACACGACCCGUGUCAGUGGAGGGCAGUGAAGAGUUUCAAAGAAAGAACCUGGCAGUUCAUGGACUGACCAUGCUAUUUGAACACAUGGCCACAAACUACAGACUGGAGUUCACUUCACUUGUCGCCUUCUCCUCCCUCUGGGAGCUUAUGGUACCCUUCAGCAGAGACUACAAUACUCUGCAGGAAGCUUUGAAUAACCUCGAAGACUUUGAUAAAACCUGCCUAGAGGCUGCAUUGCAAGGUGUUAGUAAUGUAGUACAGCAGGAAUGGGGAACCUCUUGCCCGUGUCAGGUUGUACUGGUUACUGACGGUGCACUGGGCAUUGGUCGUGGAUCUUUGCGUCAUUCCCUGCAAACAGUGAAACAACGAGUGGAGGACAAGAAAUUCCCACUGCCUUUCCCAUUCCCUUCCAAACUCUAUGUCAUGUGUAUUGCAAAUGCAGAGGAGCUCCAAGCUACGGAUAGCAUG